AUGACAAGCUCAAGGUUCGUCUUCUCUAGUGGUGCUGCUGGUGGCGACGACGCUGGAGUUAAAGAUCUCAUUUGCAGAUAUGGAAACCCUUUUCCCGAGCAGAGUUUAGUUCGAGAUUUAGCAACGAAUUCGAUUUUAAGCGACGAUUUCUGCUUGUUAUUAAGAUCACUAAAAGGGCGAUAUUGUAAAUUUGUGAUGCAUUGA